GAUUAAAAAUUGAAGCGAUCCGAGAAAGUGUUGGCGGACAUCGCCAUAUUAUUCGCAGAUCAGAAAUCAGAAAGCCCUAAAUUGAGCAAAAAUCAGUUCAACGGAACAAUCUCGAAGAAGGAGACGACACCAGGUGGUUCCAAUGCCAAAAAAUUAGGGCAAAACAGAGAUUAUUAAUGGAACAGAGGAAAAGAAAAAAAAAAAAAAAAAAAAAAAAAAAAGAAGAGUAGGAGAACGAAGGAGUCGCCUCCAAGCAAGAUUACUCGGAAUCGAAGCUGUAGAAAUGGCGGAGAGUGACAUAAGCGCAGCCGAGUGCGAGAGGAUCUUCAAGCGAUUCGACGCGAACGGCGACGGGAUGAUAUCGGCGGCGGAGCUGGUCGAUGCGUUGAACGGAUUGGGAGUGAACGCGGAGGAGGCGAAGAGGAUGAUGGACGCGAUUGACAAAGACGGCGAUGGGUUCAUAACGUUGGAAGAGUUCGCGGAUUUCGCGAAGGAUAAUCGCGCGUUGAUGAAAGAUUUUGCGAAGGCGUUUUAAUUUCCUUUUUUGUUUUGAUCUGAUAAAUGAGACGAUGAAGAAGAAAAUAUGAAUAUGGCUUCAACCAAGGAGGCUUAUUCUUCCUGUUCUUCGUGUUGUGUUUGUACCACAUAAUAUAUAUAAAAA